GCCCCCUCCGGACGCGAUUCUAUGACGGAGUAGUAGGUAAGCUAUGAUGGCGUCCAAUGAACGAGUGGGCCGCGUGUGUCGUGUCUAAGGGUAUUUGUAUGCUGCGGUGUCGCGUGUGGGAAACGCUGUUCUGCAGUUUUGAAUACACAGGCACGACACUGACAGCCUUGGGUAUCGUUGCACGAAACACAGAAACAAACACUACGACGCCAAGACUACUACCAUGAAGUUCACCUUAGCAGCCAUCACAGCGCUCAUCGCGCCUAUCCUCGGUCAAAGCAUCACACCAGCUCCUACAUCAACUGACCCAUGGUAUGGCUCCGGUCCACCAUGGGCAUCCUCCGACCCAGGAAAAUGGUCUUCAAUCUAUGAAUCACUCCUUUCAGCCGGAAAGAUCCCAUCGACCCUAACCGCCGCACCCUGGCCAACCGGUAGUUACGGACCGGGCCAAGGACCCUGGGGACCAGGCGGACCCCAUGGUCCAGGAGGACCCGGAAGACACUGGGGAGGACCUUCCGGCCCAGCCCCCUUCGGCCCCUCCAACUUCGGCCCCUACAGCGACUGGUCCACGCGUUCAGACUGGCGAUCCGGCCCUUGGACCGCAUGGUGGGACGGCAGUGCGUGUCCGCCCUCUGACUGGCCUGGCUGGACGGCAGGACCCUGGAGUAGCUCUGCACCCUGGACCAGCUGGAGCGGAUGUGAAGCUAGUACGACAGCGACAAGUGUUGUUACUACGACGGUUAGUGGGUCACUGGUUACGACGACGGCGUAUGGGUUGCAGGUCAAUGCUGCGAGUGCGGGUGGGAGUGUGAGUCAGAACGGGGAUGCGGGGAAUGGAGCGCAGGGAAGGGUUGUUGUGGGGUUGUGAGAAGAUGUAGGAGGAAGAUUUGAAAGGUCCAUCUCCUGAAUCUCUUGGUCGGAAAAUCUUUUUAUACCAUGACA